AUGUUGGCAGGAGAUGAUAUAGUGGGUCAGGAUGAAGUGUCGUCUUUGAAAUCUAGAAUUGCGGAAUUGGAGUAUGAGAACGCGUUAUUAAUAUUGGAGAAGGAGGAAGGGCAACUUGCCGAGAUGCCGACUUCGGUUGGCAGCAUAGACCCAUUUGUGGUUGCCGAAAUAACCGAGCUUCGAGUGCGACUGGGACAGGCCGAGAAUACUGUAGCCACAUUAAAGGAGAAUUCCACAACCACCAGUUUUACGAGCGAGGGACCCCUAGGACAACGAUUACUUGAAAAAUGUCGACGACUAAUGAAGGAAAAUGACCGACUCGGAGAGGCAUUGGUAACCAGCAGGAUUUCUCAGCUGGAACAGGGCGGCCACUUCCUUCAGGAGAAGGAAGCCGUCAUGGUCACGCAACUCAA